CGACGAACCUGCGGCUACGGUCUUGUGGCUCAUUUGACAAUUCACGACGAUGGUCCAUCCGACGCUCAAGGUGACGUACUUUGACAUGGCCGGUCGCGCCGAGCUCACGCGCCUCGCGCUCUAUGUGGCCGACAUCCCGUUUGAGGACGAACGCCUCACCGGCGAGCAGUUUGGCGCGCUCAAGCAGAGCCUUCCGUUCAAGCAACUGCCAACGCUCACGGUCAACGGUAAGGUGCUGGCGCAGUCGCACGCGAUGGCGCGCUACGCCGCGAGCCUUGGUGGCUUGUACCCGGCGGCCGACCCACUAGCAGCCUACCGCGUCGACGAGAUCCUCGCCGCGAGCCAAGACGUCUUGAACGCACUCAUUGUGGCUGCAUUUUCACGCGAUGCGGCCGCCAAGCCAGCGCUCCUCAAGGAACUCGCCGAGACAAAGCUGCCGACGAUGCUGCCGUGUAUUGAGGCGCGCCUCACGUCCGGUGGCAAGUACUUUCUCGGCGACACGCUGACGCUUGCCGACCUCGAGCUCUACUUGAUGUGGGGCAACCUUACGUCGGGCAAGUGGGAAGGCGUCCCGACGACCAUUGCGGAAGGCUACAAGCGCUGGAAGGCGCUCGCCGCUGCCGUCGGUGCCCAUCCGCGGGUCCAAGCUUGGAAUGCUGCGCACCCGGGCCAAUAAGAUGCAUUAUUCUGAGUCCCGCAGCGCACCACGCAUUUGUAACUUGAAAAAGCUAUGCACUCCGUGCUGCGAAAUGCAUCAAUUGUCUUCGAUCAGCCCACCGCGUUGUACUCGCAUGUCCAGAACUGAGUACUACAAUAAAAUCGACUCGAG